GGACCUGGUUUUUUCUGUGAAAGCUAGCAGUCACUGACCAUGGAGAAACUGUUUGAAAGCCUUUACUUUUCAAGGCCUGAAUUGGGAUUGAAUUUUCAUAGGCCAAAUAGUUGGGCUCUUCAUUUAGAAAAAUACCGAAGCCCAAUUCUUGCACUUAACGUACUGGCUUACGUGAAUUCGGAGUUCACGACUCGGCUUGCGUAAAUUAUGAAGAGUAAAUUUCCACGAGCAUUCUUCUUUAUUAUGCGUAGCGCGCAAACUGAGGUUUCCUUUCAAAAGCAGAUAUUCGACUUAAGUUUCAACAUUUCCCUUCCUAAGCUGCAGCCACAAGAGUUAUACUUUCCUCGUUCGCUUUCUCAAAUACUAGUGGUAGUCGUUUUGAGAAAGACAAGAACCAUCUCUUCAUCUCUAAGACCAAAUAACGCUCAAUUAUACAAUGGCCGUCGCCGAUAACUCUCGCCAGUAUCUCAUACCCAAUUUUCUCUAUUCUCCUUCUGUGUCCUCUAAGAGACUCUUUGAUUUGGACGUUGCGGUUACGAGCAACCACGGCUUGUAUCAUUCAACGUUCAUUUCUGAACCUUCGGCAUCCAACAGCAACGGUGGCGUGCCAAGGAGCUUUGUGAUUCCCGCACCGCGUGAGAAGAUCGAGAUGUUCUCGCCGGCUUACUAUGCAGCGUGUACCGCUGGUGGGAUACUUAGCUGUGGUCUCACUCACACGGCUGUUACUCCUCUCGAUCUCGUCAAGUGCAAUAUGCAGAUUGACCCAUCAAAGUACAAGAGCAUCACAUCUGGAUUUGGGGUAUUGCUAAAGGAGCAGGGAGUUAAGGGUUUCUUUAAGGGAUGGGCGCCCACCCUUCUUGGUUACAGUGCACAAGGUGCCUGCAAAAUGGGACUCUACGAAUUCUUUAAGAAGUACUACUCCGACAUUGCUGGGCCUGAAUAUGCAUCCAAGUACAAGACCUUGAUUUAUCUUGCUGGGUCUGCAUCCGCUGAGGUCAUUGCUGAUGUUGCUCUCUGUCCCAUGGAGGCAAUCAAAGUUCGCGUGCAAACUCAGCCUGGUUUCGCACGGGGCUUGUCUGAUGGAUUGCCCAAGUUUAUCAGAUCUGAAGGCUACGUUGGGUUGUACAAAGGGCUUGUUCCUCUCUGGGGACGUCAGAUUCCAUAUACAAUGAUGAAAUUUGCAUCCUUUGAGACCAUAGUGGAGUUACUGUACAAGCAUGCUAUUCCAACACCGAAAGAGCAAUGCAGUAAAAGUUUCCAGCUUGGAGUGAGCUUUGCUGGUGGAUAUAUUGCUGGGGUUUUCUGUGCUAUUGUCUCGCACCCUGCUGACAACUUGGUGUCUUUCCUCAAUAACGCCAAGGGAGCAACUGCUGGCGAUGCGAUCAAGAAGUUAGGAUUGUGGGGUCUCUUUACCCGUGGCCUUCCUCUACGUAUUGCCAUGAUUGGAACUCUUACCGGAGCCCAGUGGGGUAUCUACGAUGCUUUCAAAGUCUUUGUUGGGUUGCCAACGACUGGUGGGGUAACACCUCCUCCCGCCGCUGCUAAGGCUUGAAUUUAGAGCUUGUGGACAAGGACGAUGAUCUCUGUAGGAAUUUCAGAGGCCAUUUCUUCUUGACGCGUGAAUAAUAGUUGCUAGCUGAUGCGUAGUUCCCAUAGAAGUAUCUGUUUCUAAUGGGCAACACAUUCUUUCGUAUUUUUGUUUUUAUUAUAUUUUAACCAUUUUGCUUGAUUUUCAAAAAGACGAUUUUGACAUCAUACUGUCUUUUAUCUCUAGUCUCUAGGAGAGUGUUUAGGUUAGAUUUGAUAAUAAAUUCUCAUAUUCCAUUACAAAAAGUGUAUGUGUAUGAUUAUAGAACUUAAAGAUUUGAUUGUUUUGAUAUCCGUGAUUUGGAUGCUCUUUACAAAA